CUGCCCCUCCAUUACACCUUCACAGAGAGAUAGAGAAAGCUUCUUCAAAACUUUCUCUAUCUCUCUUCAAAUAAGUUUUGGCGAAUAAAUAGGUGUUUCACAAUGGAGGAGCCACAAGCAGGACCCAGCCCCCUUCCAAAAAUGAUUGCGGUGUCAUCAAUUGCCGCAGGUAUCCAAUUUGGUUGGGCCCUACAACUCUCACUAUUAACCCCAUACGUUCAAACCCUAGGCGUCCCUCACGCUUGGUCCUCAUUCAUUUGGCUCUGUGGCCCAAUCUCGGGGCUGCUAGUCCAGCCCCUUGUAGGCUAUAGCAGCGACCACUGCACCUCUCGCUUUGGCCGUCGCCGACCUUUUAUAAUGGCCGGUGCUGUUGCCGUCGCCGUUGCUGUUGUUCUCAUCGGCUUCGCAGCCGAUAUAGGACAAGCAACAGGCGACGACAUGACAAAGAAGACCCGGCCACGAGCAGUUGCCUGCUUCGUGGUCGGCUUUUGGAUCCUGGAUGUGGCGAACAACAUGCUCCAGGGUCCUUGCCGUGCCUUCCUCGGUGAUCUGGCUGCCGGCGACCAGAAGAAGAUAAGGACAGCGAACUCGUUCUUCUCGUUCUUCAUGGCCGUCGGCAACAUUCUUGGCUACGCCGCGGGCUCCUAUGACGGCCUCCACCACCUCUUCCCCUUCACGCAGACGGAGGCGUGCAACGUGUUCUGCGCAAACCUUAAGAGCUGUUUCUUCUUCUCAAUCUUUCUCCUCCUCGUCAUUUGCAUCAUAGUCCUGUUGACCGUGGACGAUCCACAGUACACGCCAGCAGAGACCGAUGCAAAAGACGAAGGGAACACGCACUACACAUGCUUCAUGGGAGAGUUGUGCGUUGCCUUCAAGGAGUUGAAGAGGCCCAUGUGGAUCCUCAUGUUUGUGACUGCCAUCAACUGGGUCGCGUGGUUCCCAUACAUGUUGUACGACACUGACUGGAUGGGUCGUGAGGUGUACGGUGGUGACGUGGGGCAGAAGGCAUACGAUGCUGGUGUUCAUGAGGGCUCUUUGGGUCUCAUGCUCAACUCUGUCGUUUUGGCUUUGAUGUCUUUGGCGAUUGAGCCUUUGGGUCGUUUGGUAGGAGGAGUAAAGUGGCUGUGGGGAAUCGUCAACGUUAUUCUCGCGGUUUGCAUGGCAAUGACAGUAGUAAUUACGAAGAUCGCUGAGAAAGAACGACAUCUAAACCCUGCAUUAAUUGGAGACCCUUCCUUUGGAGUCAAAGUUGGUUCCCUGGCCUUCUUCGGCGUCCUUGGUAUUCCUCUUGCGAUUACUUUUAGUGUGCCAUUUGCCCUAGCAUCUAUAUACUCAAGCUCAUCAGGAGCAGGCCAAGGCUUGUCUCUGGGUGUUCUCAAUAUUGCAAUUGUCAUACCACAGAUGAUAGUGUCGACGAUAAGCGGACCGUGGGAUGCGUGGUUCGGCGGUGGCAACUUGCCGGCGUUUGUGUUGGGAGCGGUGGCGCCAGCCGUGAGUGCCAUACUGGCAAUCAUGCUGUUGCCAACUCCGAAACCAGCUGAGGAGGCCAAGGCUUCAACCCUCUCUAUGGGGAGUUUCCAUUAAUGUAGAGUUUAUAUGUAAAUUAAAUAUAUUCUUUUAGUUUCUUUUGCUUUAACUCGGUAAAAAAAGGACAGAGUUAAUUGAUUUACAGCUGUUGCACAUAAGCAUAUUGCUAGGCAGUAGAUUCACAAUCAGUUACUCAUCCCAUUGCCCUUUCUAGGGCAUACAUUUGUAAAACCUUCACAUAGUUUUACCAUCGAAGUAGAAGCAAGAGAACAUCAUUAAUCUUA